UAGCUGUUCUUGAAUAUGACAAAUGCCAGCUCUAUAUACCUCAUGGUUUUUAAGAUCCCAUCACAGCAUGCUUGCUUGAGUUUCAGUGUCUUGCACAAUUAUCAAAUACAACUAGGAGCUAGUGAUCAUUAUACACACAAGUGAACAUGGCAAUCAAAGAGGAUGAGGAUUAUGGUGAAGAGAAAGGAAUCAGAGAGCCACUGGUGGAGGAACAGAACAAAGUCAACAAACAGCUGGUCCAUGGAAGCAAAGGGCAUCCAUGGAUUGUUUACUUCACUACAUUUGUUGCAGUCUGUGGCUCUUAUGAAUUUGGGGCUGGUAUUGGAUAUUCAUCUCCGACUCAAAAUGCUAUCAGGGAGGAUCUCAGUUUGUCUUUGGCUGAGUACUCCUUGUUUGGCUCCAUCUUAACAUUCGGAGCAAUGAUCGGGGCAAUCACAAGUGGGCCUAUUGCUGAUUUCAUAGGACGAAAAGGGGCAAUGAGAGUGUCAAGUGCUUUCUGUAUUGCAGGGUGGCUUGUUAUUUACUUUUCUCAGGGCCCAGUGCCUUUGGACAUUGGGAGGCUAGCAACAGGAUAUGGAAUGGGAGUUUUUUCAUAUGUGGUUCCUGUCUUCAUAGCCGAAAUCGCACCAAAAGAACUCCGUGGGGCUCUGACUACAUUAAAUCAGUUCAUGAUCAUUAGUGCAGUGUCAGUGUCAUUCAUAAUUGGAAACGUAAUUUCAUGGAGGGCUUUAGCUUUAGUUGUGUUUUCUUCCCACAUUGAUUCAAAUUCCACCAAAAAGAAGGGCCUGAUUCCCACUGCUGUACUGCUUUUGGGCCUGUUUUUCAUUCCAGAGUCUCCUAGAUGGCUGGCAAAGAGAGGAGGGCGUAGAAAAGAUUUUGUGGCAGCACUGCAGAUACUUCGCGGCAAAGAUGCUGACAUAUCUCAAGAGGCGGAGGAAAUUCAGGAUUAUAUAACAAGUUUAGAAAGGCUCGAAAAACCCAAGCUGCUGGAUUUGUUCCAGAGAAGAUAUUUGCGCUCACUCACUAUUGCAGUGGGACUUAUGGUCUGUCAGCAAUUAGGAGGAAUCAAUGGAGUUGCUUUUUAUGCUAGAAGUAUUUUUGAGCUAGCAGGAUUUUCUACCACCAUCGGGACUAUAAUAUAUGCUUGCCUUCAGAUUGUGAUCACUGGUCUAGGAGCAGCCUUCAUAGAUAAAGCUGGCAGGAAGCCCCUACUACUGUUAUCUGGAUCGGGGUUGGUUGCAGGAAGUAUAUUUAUCGCCGUUGCAUUCUAUCUUAAGGCUCAGGAGGUUAGUGUGGGGGCAGUUCCAGCACUUGCUUUAACCGGCAUACUGGUCUAUAUAGGAUCCUUUUCAAUAGGAAUGGGAGCAAUUCCAUGGGUUGUGAUGUCUGAGAUAUUUCCUGUCAAUAUUAAAGGGCAGGCUGGAAGCAUAGUCACAUUGGUGAACUGGUUUGGUGCAUGGUUAUGUUCCUAUACUUUCAACUUUCUCAUGAGCUGGAGCUCUUAUGGUACCUUCAUUCUUUAUGCUUCAAUAAAUGCACUAGCUAUACUAUUUAUAGUUGCGGUGGUGCCGGAAACCAAGGGUAAAAGCCUGGAACAAUUACAAGCAGCCAUUAAUGCGUAGGAAGCAGAGUUUAGCAGUUUGCAUUAUGUGAUGGGAAAGGAAAAAAGAGGCAGGUUGAUGAUUGAAUCACUAGCCAUAUUCUUUAUCAUUUGUUUUGCUUGUACAAUUGAUGAUUGAGUUCAUUAAGAUUUAUGUCAAUGAUCAAGAAAUGUAUUCCAAAGCAACAGUGUAGAAUUUGCAGUUGCACUUUAGCUCCAAGUAAAAUAAAAAUAAAAAAUCUGAUUUUAUUGC